UUGCUCCCACAAUCCCUUAAUUUACUAAUAAGCUGAGAACUUGAUUCUUGCGCAAUCUUAUAAAGGGCUCUCACUACCAAUAAGCAAGAAGAGAAGACCUACGAACGAGAACAAUUAUUCAGCGAUUAAAGACUGGAUUCCAAGUAACAUUUUUAAUAUAUCUAUAUCUACCAGACCACUUAGGAUCAACUAGAAUAUUUAUUCUCUUGAAAAUGGAUGAAGAUCGAAGGACGUAUGACUACUUCGACAAAUACACGUUUUUGUGUGAAAUGUACGACAGUGAAGUGGACGAUAUCAAGGAGCUGGUCUUGAAUUUCUUCCCCUUCGACAAUUCUGUUCAAAUAAUUGACGUUGAGAAAGGCAAGGCGAUGAUUAGGCGUGUACAAAUCAAGGGUGUGGAUAAGCGUAAUCUUCACAUUGGCAAUAUGGUUAACAUUUUCAGCAAACUGUUAUUAUUAAAGGAUUGUGCACCAUUGACUCGUAAAACUUUGUUUAAUAACGUUAAAAGUACAUUCGCGAUGAUCAAACCAAUAUCGCCUGCGCUACAUGGAAAAGUCUUAACAUUUAUUAUGAAAAAGGGCUUUCGUAUCUUACAAAUGAAGAACGCCAAAUUGGGCUUAGACUUGGCAAGGAAUAUGUACAGACAUUUAUCUGGAGUUAAAGAGAUGCCAAUUAUAAUAGACUACAUUACAUCUGGUGAAGUGAUUGGCUUGGAACUUGAAGCUGAAGAUGCGAUAAACAAAUGGCGUGCUUGCUUAGGAGCGACAGACCCAAAAUAUGCGGCACCUGGUACUCUUAGGAAGCUUUUAGGCGAAGAUAUGCUAAGAAACGUUGCUCAUGGUUCCGAAACUGAGGAAACUGUAAAGGAGAUGCUUCACAAUUUUUUUGGAUAUGAAAAUGGCAUACCAAUACUUCCUUACCGCGCAACCCUCAAAGAUUGCACCUGCUGUAUUAUAAAGCCACAUGUCCUCUUAGACGGCAACGUGGGCAGCAUUGUAGAACACAUUGCUACGUCCAAAAAUUUAUAUAUCUCUGCCCAAGGCAUGUUUACUUUUGACAUCAACGAUGCUAGAGAAUUUUAUGAAAUUUAUUCUGGUGUUGUACCAGAAUAUGAGGCCAUGUGCAUCGAGCUAACUGAGGGCAGAUUCAUUGCUAUGGAGUUAAAAAGCAAAGACCCUAAUGUGAAUGUUGUUUGUGAAUUUAGAAAAUUAUGCGGGCCCAGGGAUCCAGACUUAGGUCGUCAGUUAUACCCAGAGUCUAUAAGGGCUCUGUAUGGCAAAACAACGGUCCAGAAUGCUGUACAUUGUACUGACCUCCCUGAAGACGGCGAGUUGGAAGUUGAAUAUUUUUUCAAACUUAUUGCUUUAAAAUGAUUUUUAUUUCUUUUAG